GUUAAUAAAAAUAGACAAUUACAAAAUUUUGAACCUAAAGCCGAACUUUACCCGGAUGGAUUUAAGGGCAUGAUAAAAAAUAUUAAAGAAUGGUUUCCAUAUAUAAAAUACUUUGGUGUAUGGCAUUCACUUUGGGGUUAUUGGAAUGGAGUAGAUCCAAACUCCGAAUUGUCAGCUUCUUACAGAAUAGAAAGAGUAAAACAUUCGAAUGAAAUAAUCCAUCUUGUUAUACCACAAGAUAUUCAUAAGUUUUACAAUGAUUUUUACAAUUAUUUAAAAGAUCAAGGUGUUGAUAUGGUAAAAGUUGAUUCGCAAGGAAGCUUUGAUUUAAUUGAUUACGGUCAAAGUAGGCAUCGGCGAUGGUGGAGAGAAUAUCAUGAUGCUUUAAAAACAAAUAGUAAAGAAUAUUUUGAUAAUCGAAUGAUUUAUUGUAUGGCGCAUACUCCUAAUAUUAUACAACAAGUCUUGUCUGGUUCAGACUCGAGUGAUGAUAUACCUAUAAGUAGACCAUUGUUUAGGGAUAUGUUUCAAUCACACCAUAGAUUUGGUGAAUAUCAUGCUGCAGCAAGGGCAAUUAGUGGAGGCCCAUUGUACAUUUCAGAUAAUGGAAGAAUAUGUAGUACUAAGGCAUAUUUAGGAAGCAAUUUGUUGAAAAAUGUCAAAUAUGAUAUGGAUAAGAAAUUACUUUCAAUUGGAUUAGAUAAAGAGGAUAUAGAGAACGAUGGUCAAAGAACUGAAUUCAGAAUGUUAAACCAAGAUAUGUUAAACGUGGAAUUGUUUUUGGAGAUUAUAGUUGAGUAA